AAAACUACAAGUGAACUCUGUCGUUGACCUGAUGGCGUCACUAGCCGGCGACAAACAGGACAGGAAUAAGGGGAAGGAGGAAACAAGACAAAAUGGCAUCUGGCUCCGACUACGGACUGAGAAAAAUAGUUUGGAGAAGAAUACAAGAAACCAUUAUUGCAGACUGCAGAAAAUCUGAAGUAUGGAAGAUACUGAUUCUGGACCCCUUCACCACCAAGCUCCUCUCAUCAUGCUGCAAAAUGUCCAAUCUAAUGUCGGAGAAAAUAACAAUUGUGGAGGACCUGUACAAAAAGAGAGAACCUGUCCUUGAAAUGAAAGCCAUCUACUUCAUGUCACCAGCUGCUAAGUGUGUUGAUGCCUUCAUCGCUGACUUCAAGCCCAAACCAAAGUAUAAGGCAGCAUAUGUUUAUUUCACUGACUAUUGCCCUGAUGACCUCUUCAACAAUAUGAAGCUGUAUUGUGCAAAGUACAUACGUGUCUGUAAAGAGAUAAACAUAUCCUUUAUGCCACAAGAGGCCCAAGUAUUCACAUGUGAGCGUCCGGAUGCUUUUCAAAGCAUCUACAGUCCCCAGAGACGUGACAAAAGGGAGACAAUGGAGACAAUUGCAGACCAGAUUGUGACACUCUGUGCCACAUUGGAUGAGUACCCGGGGGUCAGGUAUAGGAAAGACAGCAACAUGGUGAAUGCAAAAAUCUUAGCAGAGCUGGUGGACAAAAAACUGCAAACAUACUAUGAGCUGGAUGACAAUGGCAAGAAAAAAGGAAAAACCCAGGCUCAGCUGCUGAUAGUGGAAAGAGGCUUUGAUCCUGUCAGCCCCAUCCUGCACGAGCUGACCUAUCAGGCAAUGGCCUAUGAUCUCAUCGACAUCCACAGUGACACCUACAAGUACAAGUCUAAAGACGGCUCAGAUAAGGAGGCUCUGCUGAAUGAAGAAGACAUGCUGUGGGUUAAACUGAGGCACAAACACAUCGCAGAGGUGACAGAACAAAUUCCCAAACUGGUAAAAGAAAUAUCUGCUAGCAAGAAGCAGCCAGAUGGAAAGACAACAAUUAGCGGUUUGGCCCAACUGAUGAAGAAAAUGCCCUCCGUCCGUAAACAGUUGGCUGAGAAAACUGUCCAUCUGAACUUGACUGAAGAAUGUAUGAAGCAUUACUCCAACAACGUGGAGAAACUGUGCAAAGCGGAGCAGGAUCUGGCUAUGGGUUUGGAUGUGGAAGGGGUGAAGGUGAAGGAUCGCAUGAGGACCUUGCUUCCUGUGCUGCUUCACCCAUAUACCAUCCAUGAUAAGAUCAGGGCUGUCUUGCUCUACAUCUUCAGCAUCAAUGGAACAACAGACGAGAACUUGAACAAACUCAUCCAGCAUGUAAAGAUCGAGGACCAAAGAGAGUUCAUCCUGAACUGGAAAUACCUGGGGGUGUCGAUCAUCACGUCGCCCAGUUUCUUCUCUUGCAAGCCUACAAGGCGGGAUCGUUCUGAGGAAGAGACGUAUAAUGUUUCCAGGUGGACUCCUGUCAUCAAAGAUGUAAUGGAGGAUGCUGUAGAGAACAAACUGGACUCCAAGGAAUGGCCACACCAGUCUGAAUGCCCUGCAGCCUGGAAUGGCUCCGGCGCGGUCAGUGCCCGUCAGAAGCACAAAGCGAGCGCUCAAGACGAACGGCGGAGCGGCUCGCGCCUUAUUAUCUUUGUCAUCGGUGGGAUGUGCUACUCUGAGAUGCGCUGCGCCUAUGAGGUCACCAAGGCUGUGAAAUCCUGUGAAGUCAUUAUUGGGUCUUCGCACAUUGUGACGCCCAACAGUCUCCUGGAGGACAUUAAGGCUUUGAGCAAAACCCCCAUGGAGACUUUUACAGUGGAGGAGAGGAGCAACGCCUAAAAACGGACCCCCACCCAACAUCACAAAAGGAAUCCAAUGCCGAAGGGAAUCAAAGUUAGAACUGUGUUUAUGUUUUAGUAUUCUGUUCAUAUCUUGAGGACAAGUUCACUUUAUACCUGUUCAUUUCAGAAAGUACCCCCCCCCCCCCCCAAAAAAAAGCUUUUUCCAAUAUGAUUGCCACCAUCAGGAGUUAACCUUUUAUACAGUAAUCUGCUAUAACUGAUGAUGUCCAUACAGAAAGUGAACUCAGUCCUGCAACAGCAGCACUGGAGUAAAAACUGUCUAACCAGUCUACUUACAAAACGACACGACAGUGAUGUUACACAGAAGACGUCAGACUCUUAGAGACAACGGCAGUUGAAACUGUGCUAAUGUGUGUGUAUAUACUGUAUGUAAGCAAGCAAUGGAUCCCUGCUUAAAUGUUCUGUAUUUUCCUGUCACAACUGUUAAUAAACCUUCAGAGUUA